AUGACGGACGAAAGCUUAGCAUCUUUUCACCGGAAUCGAAGGAGAUUGCCUUGGAAACAGCGUCAGCAUGAAUCUUCCAGCAAAGCCAAUCAACAGCUGGUCAAGAGGAAUCCACCGUCGUCUUCUGGUGGAACCAACAUUCGAAUCUCUUCGCCCAGCACUUUCACUCGAAAUGGAAGUAAGCUCAACAAUUAUGAAACAAGAGAUUCCUCGGAGCCCAACUUUUCUUCGGCUAUCCCUAAGCCAAAUCCCAACUGA